GAAGAAUUCCUGUCGGUUCAGUUCCUGGUUACGUCAAAUGUAAGAUCCUGGGAGAGCACAGAGCCCAGAGCAUUGUUGUUUUUCACAUCCAAACUACACUCUUGCUUGAUUUCACCGAAAAUGUUGAAAAACUUUGGGUCUUGGUUCGGCUUGGAGAAUGCAGCCUUUCCAAAGAAGUCGGAUGAAAAGGAAAACUGUGUGGAGUCCGUGCAGCAAGGGGAAGAAGAAGAGGAAGAAAAGGUGGUUCAAGCCCAGAACGAGGUAAACAAACAGCAGCCAGCUGAGCAGCCAGCAGAGCCAGAGAGCAACCAGGAAAAGGAGCAGCAGGGGAAAGGGCUGAGCGAUUACAUUUUCAGUUUUGCCUCCAGUGCCACCAAGAAGAUUUCUGAGUCUGUGACCGAGACUGCUCAGACCAUCAAGAAGAGCGUGGAGGAGGGAAACAUUGACGGCAUCCUCGACAAGACUUUCCUGGGAGAUUUCCAGAAGGAGCAGGAGAAGUUUGUCCAGGAGAAGAAGGCCAAAAAAUCAGAUGCAGCGGUGCCUCCCUGGGUUGGCUACAACGAGGAAGAGACAAUCCAGCAGCAGAUCCUCACUCUGUCUGCUGAUAAGAGGAACUUCCUGCGCGACCCCCCUGCUGGUGUGCAGUUCCACUUCGACAUGGAGCAGAUGUAUCCGCUGGCCACCGUGAUGCUGGAGGAGGACCAGCUGCUCAACCGCAUGCGCUUCGACCUUGUGCCCAAACAUGUGAAGGAGGAGGUUUUCUGGAGGAAUUAUUUCUACCGGGUGUCUCUGGUGAAGCAGUCGGCUCAGCUCACAGCACUGGCAGCCCAGCAGCAGCAGCAGCAGCAGCAGCAGGGCGACGAGGAGCGAGGAGCCGCCGUCUCACCUGAAGAUGUCACCUUAACAGAAAAUGUCAGACCAAAAACCCCACCAGUUUCCAUCAGUGACAUAAAGAAGCCUGCCCAGGAGGAGGAGGAGGAGAUGUCAAUGAGUCCCGGUGUGUCGGAGUUUGUGAGCGACGCGUUCGACUCGACGGCCAUCGACCAGGAAGACCUGAGGAAAGAGAUGGAGCAGCUGGUGCUGGACAAGAAGGGCGACACGCCCUCUCCUGACGAGGAGACAGCAGAAUGGGAGAAGGAGCUGCAGCAGGAGCUUCAGGAGUACGAGGUGGUGACCGAAUCAGACAACAAGGAUGACCAGUGGGACCAGGAGAUUGAGAAGAUGCUGCAGGCUGAUGGCAGCUAGACAGCCAGCAUCUGUCCUUUGUCCUGACCUGGCUCCUGGUGGAUGACUAGUGACCAAUUCUUCACAAUUGGACAGAAUUUGAUUUUCCCCCCAAUAUGCGUUAUGAGCUGUCCACUUGUAUCCACAGCAGAUACAAAUGUGUAUGAUGAGACACUUCCACCGGAAACAUAAUGGUAAUGUGUAAGCAGGCGGAUGGGUGAAGUCCUGUUUUAUUGCUCCAGCCAGAGCUAGUUUGUCCUCUUCCUCUCCCCUUACUCUUCCCUCUUCAAUAGAUCCAUGUAGUGAAGAAGACAGCAGGUAGAUGGCGCUCCAGCACAAGUGCCAGCUAUUUGAUUCUGGUGGGAGCCCGUCUGAAGUUGUAGAUCUGCAUAUGGUUUUAUCUAUCAGUUUCUGUUUGCUGGUGGUUUGUACAGUAAAGUUACAUCACAGUAAAGACAAAUGUAAAGUUACAUUUAUGUAAAUAAAGAAGAGUCUGACAUAUUGCACAGUAGCUACUAAAUAUCCCAUUUCCCUUUCACUACAUCAUCUACUGCAUUUUGAAUUUCAUCUGUGCAUGUCUCUUGUUCAGCUGCCCUGCUCAUUUGUUUGCAUCUCAACUACUGUACCUUUUCACCAUUUUAACUUUUCUUUUAAUAAACGUUCAUCUCUUCUUUAUGCACAAAAUCAACCAAUGAGCUAUGGAUCACAUUUACUCUUGAAAAGUGGAUGUAAUGAGCUCAGGGAAGCUGCUGAUGGAAAGGAGCAUCCCUUUGAUUUCAAAUAUAAAUAUGCUUUUUUUUUUUUUUUUUAUGAAGGUAAACAGUAUAUGCGCCACAAACACGAAUUUUGGUGCUUUGAUGCUAAGCUUGGCAUCUUCUUGUUAUUUGUGUACUCUAUUGAUUCUGUUUAUCUUGUUGCUCAUGAGUAUGGAUGGCUUAUCUUCCUUAACCAUAAUAAAACACAAAUUCAACCUUAA